AUGAGCACCGAGGAGAAGAACAUGUGCGGUGUAGCCCUGGCCGUCGGCACAGAACCCCACUUAAGUGGGGUCGGCCGCGGGCCGCCUCGCCUCAUCCCCAAACACGCCCUUCCCCCCGCGCCCACGCCUCCCCCGCGCGCGCGCCGCCUCGCCUGCCCAAGCGCCGCCGCCGUCCUCCCGCCGCUCUGCCGCGCGCCACGCCACUGCCUCGCGCCGCCGCCGCCUGCCGCCGCCUGCCGCCGCACCACGCCCUCCUCCGGCCCGCGCCACGCCUCGCUUCAGCGCCGCCGCCGUCCUCCCGGCCCGCCGCCACUGCCCAGCGCGCCGCCGUCCUCCCGGCCGCCGCUUCGCUCUGCCACGCGCCGCUGCCCUGCCGCCGCCCUGCCGCUGCGCUCACGCCCUCACCGGCCCGCGCCCACGCCCUGCCCAGCGCCGCUGCCGUCCUCCGGCCCGCCGCCCUGCCUCAGCGCUGCUGCCGUCCUCCGGCCGCCGCCGCCUGCUCCCAGCGCCGUCCUCGCCGCAGCCAUCCACCGCGCCGUCCCUCAGCCCUCGCCUCCUGCCCCUGAAUUUGCAAAUUGA